CUAGUUUAAUUUCUGUGCGAUAACCUUACGACGACAAAAUCUAUUUAAGGAAGUUCCAAAAAAAUGUAACCCACUGUAUUCAUGUAACAAUAUUGCAAUGAAAGUUGUUCUUUUACUCUCCUGCCUCGUGGCGUUUGCUGCGGCUUACGUACCAUGCGGCAACCCAUGUUCCAUCGGUGGAGGAUGCCAAUCCAACUGCGGUGAAACAUACACACAGGGAUGCACCAGCGGAUGCCAACAAUCUCCGUACUAUGCUCAACCAAUCGAGCAAUACGGAUCAAAUCAACUGUUCUCCUCAUUGUUCAGCGGUUCUUACGGAAGAAACCAACCUAAACCAAUGGUAAAUCCAACCCCAUUUUACGAUCAGAAUGCCAUAUACGGUGGUAACACUAUGGUUCCUAAUCAGUACGAGAGUGCAGUUCCCGCGUACAAUCCCAUUGGGGAGCAACCAUUCAUGGCGGGAGGCUUAGGAGGAGGCUAUUCCAACCAAUUUUCAACUUACGGAAGCGCAGGAUCUGCCGGAUUAGAUUCGUUUGCAUCUCAUGCAGGAGGUUCUAUUGGUUUCGAUGCGUUCGCUCCUCAAACAAGAUCUUCCGGUUUCAAUGGGUUUGCACCUCAUACAGGAUCUUCCGGUUUCGAUGCGUUUGCAUCUCAUACAGGAUCUUCCGGUUUCAAUGCUUUUGCACCUCAUGCCGGCUCUUUCGGUUUGGAUUCGUUCGCACCUCAUGCAAAUUUUGAUUCGACUUCCUACACAUUGCAUCCAACGCUCGCCGAUGUCUAUAAAAAUACGAGAGGCGUUAAAAAGAUAAAAUAUACAAAAGAAAAACCAGUUGAAAAAGAAGUUACAAAUGUAGAAGUGGAGGAAGAAGAAGAAGAGGAAGAUGAAACUGAUGAUUAA